AUGGUAGAAGUGUGGACUACGCAGGAGGAGGAUGAUUUGGCCACUUUAUGGUUAGAGAAUCCAUGUCUGUAUGACAUACAGUCUGCAGAAUAUCGGAAUCGAGUUGCAAAGGAAACAGCAUUAAAUGCUAUUGCACAACUACUGGAGAUGACUGCACGGGGGAAGCACGGUGGAAGCACAGUGGAAGCACGGGGGAAUUCACGGAGGAAGCACGUUGAACACUCGGCGGGGAAGCCACCGGUGGAAGCACGUGGAAGCACGGUGGGAAGCACGGUGGAAGCACCGCGCGGGAAGCACGGUGUGAAGCCACGAGGGGCACGGGGGAAGCACGGCUGGGUAAGCACGGUGGGAAGCCGGUUGGAAGGCACCGCGUUGGAAGCACGGUGGAAGCACGCGUGGUUAAGACGUGUAUGUAAAGCACGGUGGAAGCCGGGGGGAAGCACGAGUGGCGCGCACGGUCGGAGCACGGUGGGAAAGCGACGGUGGAGCACGGUGGAAGCACGUGGAAGCACGGGGAAAGCACGGGAAAGCCGGCAGGAGCACGGUGGAAGCACGGGUGGCGAGCACGGGGAAGCACGGGGGAAACGGGGGAAGCACGGUGGAAGCACAUUUGAAGCACGAGAGAAGCACAGGGAAGCACGGGUGAAGCACGCGUGGCAAGCCACCGGUCGGCACAGCACGAAGCCACGGGGAAAGCACGCGAGAAAAGCACGGGGGAGCACGGUGGAAGCACAGGGAAACACGGUCGUGGGGAACACGGUCUGUGUGGAAGCACAGGUUGGAAGCACGAGAGAAGCAUCGGGAGGCAAGCCACAGUGUAAGCACGGUCGAAGCACGGUGAGUGAAGCACAGUGGAAGACGUGGAAGCAUGGGAAGCAUUGGGAGAAGCACGGGGGGAAGCACAGGGGAAGCACGGGGAAGCACGGCGGGGCACGGGGGAAGCACGGCGGGACCACGGGGAAAAGCACGUGGGGAAGCCACGCGUUGGAUAGCACGUCGUUGGAAACACGGUGGAGCACGUGGAAGACGGGGGAAGCACGGGGAAGACGGAGGAAGCACGGUGAAGCCACGCGGAGGGAGCAGGAGGGAAGCAACGGGGAAGCACGGUGGUUAGACGUCGGAAGCCACGGUGGAAGCACGGUCGGAAGCACGGUGAAGCACAGUGGUAAGCAGGGGAAAGCACGGUGGAAGCACGCUGGAAGCACGAGGGGAGCACGGGGGAACACGGGGGAAAGCACGGGGGUCAAGCCGGUGAAGCACUGGUGGAAGCAACGGCGGGAAGCACGGGGGAAGCACGUGUUAAGCACGGGGAAAGCACGGGGAAAGCACGAGGAGCCAGGUAGGAAGACGGCGGGAAGCACGGUGAAGCACGGGGUGGGGAGCCGCGGGCAAGCACGGGGAAGCACCGGCGGACACGGGGGAAGCACGGUUGGAAGCACGGGGAAGCACGGGGGAAGAGCCGUGAAAGCACGGUCGUUAAAGCACGUCGAAGCAUGGGAAGCACGGUGA